AUGACAGCAACAGUUUGCCAUUGUGGAAAGCCCUUAAGCAAAAAAGUAAGGCAGCUUCUCGAGAAUGAGCUGCGUCCUCCAGGCUCCCAUCUUCAGGCAAAUGCAUCAGUCAUCUACGAGGAGGAAGAAGAAGAACCUGAAAGAACAGAAGAGCUUCCUCUGCACUUUGUACAGCGGAGACUGGACUAUGUGACACGGAGGAAUGCUCGGGCUGAAGAAAAGAGUUUGCGUGACAGAUGUUCCAGUCCGCUGACACAGCUACCUGAUAAGACUGGAUCUACUGACGACCUUAAUCUGCAGACCACACGGUUCAUGAUGUCUGCAGAGAGCUUGUUAGACAUGCUGCAGGCUGUGCCCACUGCUAGCACACCUGUCUGUCCUCCAGAAGCGUCUCCAAGAAGAAGAUCUGCGAGGAGGCGCAGCAGCACUGUAGCCGGCAUGCCGUUACUUACUGCGAGCAUGUUCAACCGGAGAAGGUCCGAGAAGGUCCCACAAAUGAGUCCCACGAGGCCAGGUCCUUCCAGGUCCCCACAGCACCCGAGCAUCCCCGGUGACGGGUCAAGCAGGACGAGAACCUCUCCAGGCGUUGAACGGCCAUCGUCACGUCAGGAUUCUCGGGACAAUCCUCAUGGUGCAUGGCUCGAGUCCUCUGUGGGCCGGAUGAGACGACGGGCAUCCCAGGCUGUUUCUUACAAGGAACCCAAAAUAAACUCGAAACUUCGGCGGCCCUGACCACAAUUGACCGUUGGCACCAAGGGACAAGUUAGUUCAUGCAGAUACUGUGUGUAAAUAAUGCGGAAAAUUUUAGAGUAAUUUUAAUAUGUUUAUUAUCGAUUCACUAUAUUUGUUGCAUCAAGGAACAAGUCAGUUCUUGUAGAUACCAUGUGUAAAUAAUUUCAGCAUUUUAGUUGUCAGUGUUUAAUAUUGAUUCACCAUUGUCAGUUCAUGUGAUACCAUGCGUAAAUAAUUCAGCCAGUUUUAAAGCAAUUUUAACACGUUUGAUGUUCACUCACCAUACUCUUGCAUCACACAACAUGUCGGUUCAUGUCGAUACUGUCUGGAAAUAGUCCAGCAAAUUUGAGAUUACAUUUAAAGUUUUUAAUAUUCAUUCACCCAUUCAUUUGUUCAUUUUAGAGUUCUUUCAAUCCACUUUCUUUUUAGGCUUUUCAAGCUGCAAGAUCUCUGCCACAUAAUUUGUCAUUUUCUCUUCGUGUAGUCCCAUGCAAGUUUAAUACAUACACUCGGUCUCAUAACAUGUCAUUUUUACCUUUACGGUGCAAAGUGUGUGCCACGGAAUUUGAAUGGGUAAAUGGUGUCAUUUUCUUCACAUUGUAAUGACUCUUUGGAUAGUCCCAUUCAAAUGCAUUAUGUUCAGCCACAUAGCACACGGUUACGUGGAAGCCAGUUUCACUCUCACGAAUACAUUCAACAUGAAAGAAGGACACGUCCAAAAUGAGAAUAAUUUAUGCAGGGCCGGCUUUAGGGCGAUUUGACCGAA